CACGUGGUUUGAAAGUCACGUGACAGAACCAGGAAGUGUUCGCAGAAGGGAUCCGACAACAAGACACAAACAUGGUGUCUCUGAUCUGCACCUUACAAAGUCAUCGAGAUGAUGUGAACUGCUGUGCUUUCUCUGGCUCUCUGCUGGCCACCUGCUCCGCGGACAAAAGCGUCUGCGUUUACUCCACCCGAGACUUCAGCGAGCUGCCCUUCUCCCCGCUGACCGGACACGGCUACGGGGUCCACUGCUGCUGUUUCAGCGCCUGCGGUCAGUACCUGGCCUCCUGCUCCACCGAUGCCACCACCGUGGUGUGGUCGAUGGACACCGGAGAGAUCGAGGCCGUCCUGGAGCAUCCGGGCCGGAGUCCGGUGAGGGUGUGCGCCUUCUCUCCAGAUUCAUCUUACCUGGUGUCUGGAGGCUCCGAUGGGACCAUCGCACUGUGGGAUUUUACCUCCAGGACCCUGCGCAGGACUGGUGCGGUGACUGACACCAGUAUAGUGGCCUGCUCUUUCACUCCCUGCGCUCAGCUGUUCAUCACCGGCUCCACAUAUGGUGACCUGCGACUGUGGGACCUGAAUAUGAACCAUCUCCAUGCAGAGAAGAACGCUCAUGACCUCGGGGUCUCCUGCUGUCAGUUUGCUCCGCAGAUAAUGAAGGGCACAGAUGGCUGUGUUCAGUUUCAGCUGGCCUCAUGUGGACAGGACAGUCUGUUGAAGAUAUGGAUUGUUUCUCUUUUGUCUGCUGCAGGCGUUAAGAUGCAGCUCGCUCACACUCUGACGGGUCAGUCUGCUCCAGUUCUGUCCUGUGCUUACUCUGCUGAUGGACAGAUGUUGGUGUCGGGAUCGGUGGAUAAGACCGUGACUGUGUAUCAAGCUAACGAAGGCAUCUUACUCUACACACUUAACCAGCAUGACAGGUAUGUGACGGCCUGUGCCUUUUCCCCCACGGCCCCUCUCAUCGCCACUGGCUCCAUGGACAAAAGCGUUAAUAUCUGGAGGGUUGAGGAUGGCGGCUGUGCUCAGGGCAAAUCUUUUCCUGAUGAAGCUGCUUCAGUUUCAAGCAGUGAAGGCAGGAAGUCGUGUAGACACUCCAGACUGAUGGUGAGCGAGUGGUCUGAGGAGGAUGUGUUGGCAUGGUUACGUGAGGAGGGGCUGGAGUCCGUGAUUGACGUGUUUAAAUCCAAUAACAUCGAUGGAGAGGAGCUGCUCUCUCUCACCAAGGACACCCUCAGCUCUGAGCUGCACAUUGAGUCUCUGGGCCUUCGGAGUAAAGUCAUGAAGAAGAUUGAGGAGUUGAAGAUGGCACCCGUCUCUAAUGGCACUCCCGACGAGUACCUCUGUCCAAUCACACGCGAGAUCAUGAAGGACCCAGUGAUCGCUGCUGACGGCUACUCGUAUGAACGGGAGGCCAUUGAGAGCUGGAUCAACACGAAGAGCCGCACCAGCCCUAUGACCAACCUGCCUCUGCAGACCACCCUUCUGACACCCAACCGUACUCUGAAAAUGGCCAUUUUCCGAUGGACCACUUGUCAGUGAGUUUCGAUAAUAUUGGCCUGUAAGACUUCACUUAACUAGCUUUUGCGGAGCUCUUUAAGACCCUGAUCAGAAUUUUCUGUAGAACUGGAUCACCAUGGGGCCGAUGGACGUGAGAUCAGCUUGGCUUUAGACAUUAGCAUGCUGUACAAUUAGCACUUUUAACAAAGUGAUGUCUUAGUUCUUGACUUAAACCCAAGUUCAGCCUUAAUCCUGAGAGUGAGGUGUUCCAUUAGAUGUGAUGGGAGGUUCAUGCUGUCAUCCAUCAGCAAAGUGAUGGUAGUCGUCAGAUUCAGGCUGAAGAGUAAGUGGUUCAUAAUCAGGAUGAAACUCCAGAAUGAUUCUCCAUCAUAACACAGCAGAGUGUUGAGUGGCCUUAAACAUCAUAAUAAGUGUUUAUCAUCCCUUCUGCUCAGUAGCGGACAGUUUGCUUGCAUAAUUGUACCGUUUGUAGCACAUAAUUAUGAUUCCUUCUGCAGCUGUUCUCUAUCUCCCAUCAUGACCCACAGGUUUGAAUACAGGUGAAAUUCUUCAGCUGAUUCAGUCUUAUUUCAUAAAAUGAUUUUGACAUUAGCUAUUUAUCAUUUAAGGGUAUAAUGUUGCUUGUAUGAAAGUUUACAUACUUAAAAUCAGGUAUACAUUUAUUAGUGGAUGCUCAUUGUAACCAGUUCAGUGACUAAAUUGCAUGGCUUUACCAUGUAAUCAUAUGUAUAUUACUGUACAUAAGAGCAUUGUUAUGAGACCUGUCUGAUGAACAUGCAGCAAUAAAAUCAACCUGUUGAACAAAUGA